CCAUAGGGCUGGCCUUAGCGAAGUGUUCGCACAUCUCCAAUUCGCGACAACGACGACGGCGUCUAACUCAACAAUCGCGUAACGGAAUAAUCUCACCAAAUCCACAAUUUCGCACACAAUGGCCGACCAAAAGGCACUAAAGUACUACCCUGCUGAGGAGGAGGCGCAGAUGAAGAAGGCGCGCAAAACCGCACACCCGACCAAAUACCGCGACUCGCUCGCCCCCGGAACCGUCUUGAUCCUCCUCUCAGGCCGCUUCCGCGGCAAGCGCGUCGUGCUCCUACGCCAACUCGACCAGGGCGUCCUCCUCAUUACCGGUCCCUUCAAAUCCAACGGCGUCCCUCUACGCCGCGUGAACCACCGCUACGUCAUUGCCACCUCGACCGUCGUCGACAUCUCCGCUGUAGACACCGAAGUCGUUUCGCGCGUAUCCAAGGACGAGUACUGGGCACGUGAGAAGAAGGACGAGGACGAGUUCUUUAAAGAGGGGAGUGAGACGCCGGCUAAGAAGGAAGUUGAUCCUCAGCGGAUUGAAGACCAGAAGGCCGUGGAUAAGAGCAUCAUGGCUAGUAUCAAGAAGACACCUGAUCUGGAGGCUUACUUGAGCGCAAGCUUCAGCCUCCGGGGUAACGAGAGACCGCAUGAGAUGGUUUUCUAAAGGCGAAGUAGAGGGAAAGGAGAGGAUGGUAAUGAGAUGACGAGUCCAUGUGGUUUUUGGGACAUGAAUAUGAAGAAAGGAAAAAUUCAGGGCUUGCCUUUUGCUUGAAGAAAGAGUAUGUUCGAUUUGAAACGGGGAAUAUGGAGGAAAAAGUGAUUUUAAGGCGACAGAGCACGACUGAAUGCCUUGUUCGACUGCAAGUAGCGGCAAAAAGGCACGGUUUCAUAUGUAUAUGAGAUACCCAUGAAAUAAAACUACAUGAAUACAGAUACAAGAACGACAAGCUGCAUAUUCUUGCUACAUUUGGUAAGAAUAUGGUAUUCCAAGUCCGGUCC